AUGUUUUUAAGACACAAUGUACCAAGGUUUUUAAGACACAAUGUACUUGUUUUUCUCAUAUCAGGAGUGGAUAAUAUUGAUAUCGACAUGGAUUUGCAAAAGGUAACAGUCACUGGAUGGGUGGAUCAAGAAAAGGUUCUUAGGAAAGUGAGGAAGACCGGAAAGAAAGCCGAGUUAUGGACGUUUCCAUACAACCCAGAGGUGAUUGGAUAUACGCAGCAGUAUGGCAACAUGUACACACAACAUAGUGACCCGAGCUGUAAUUACUACCAAGAUGUCGAGCAACCAGACAUCUCAACGCUCAACUACUACGGGAGUGGGUACUAUGGAAACCGACAAGUUACCUAUCAGCAGUUGCCUUAUUCAUCCAGUGAUAUUGGCGAAAGGGCUAGCAUUGCGUUUAGUGAUGAAAAUGUAAAUGCUUGUUCGAUAAUGUGA